AUGACUGCUGCGACAGUUGCACACGCCUUUUACACUCACUGGAUCUGUCAAUUCGGUACACCUUUGACAAUCACCACUGAUCAAGGUCUGCAAUUCGAAUCAGCACUGUUCACCUCACUCUCACGAAUGCUGGGCAUUCAUCGUAUCAGAACGACACCGUAUCAUACUCAAUCGAACGGUCUGGUGGAACGUUGGCACCGCACACUCAAGGCGGCUCUCAUGUGCAACAAUGAGACACCUUGGCCGGACAUGCUACCGUCAGUUCUACUAGGACUCCGAACCGCAUACAAACCAGAUCUGAAAGCAUCUCCUGCUGAAAUGCUUUUCGGGACUACACUGCGCAUACCCGGUGAUUUCUUCGUUACAACAAGCACACCAGCUGAUCCACAAACAUUCGUGAGGAAAUACAGGCAAAUCAUCCAAGCAAUCAGGCCAACACCAACAGCUCAUCACACCAAACACAAGUUGUUCCUAUUCAAAAACCUUGACACGUGCACCCACGUCUUCAAGGUAGUAGACUCCAUCAAGAAGCCUCUGGAACAACCAUACACUGGCCACCAUGAAGUCAUCCAGCGUGUUGACGACAAAACCUACAUUAUCAGGAUCAAUGGGGCAGACAAAACAGUCUCAAUCGACAUGCUGAAGCCAGCAUACAUUGAGUUAACAGACAACCCAAAACCCACACCACCCAACCCAAACAAUUCGUGCAUUUCUCCUUCAGACCAAGUCACUGGGAGGGGAGUGGAUGUGGUGGCCGACAGCACUCAUUUGCCAUCCCUGUCAAACAACGAGUCUCGCUCACCAGCCAUUAAGCAAAAUGACAGUUCAACGAGUCGGCCAUUACGAAAUCGAAGAAAGCAAACACUACAACCACGCAAAGAUGACUCAUUCCUUUUACCUCAACCUUCUAAGCAACCAGGCGUUCAGCGCUCCACCGUAUUUUGUUCAUCAACUUAUAAAUAA